GAAGCUCUUUGAUCAUUCAAAGCCUAAUUUAUUGGUAAAAUUCAGUGGUAAAUCGGCGAAAUAUUUCCGUAAAACUGUGAAAAAGUGCAAGACGAAAGUCCAAAGGACAAAAAAACGGUGUUAAACUAAUUUUUACGCGUCAUCUACUAUGCAAAAACGUGCGAUGAAAUCAGGUAUUGUGCAUCGUCAUUAAAAAUAUUCUUUGCGAACGCCAUUGCCUCCGUUCCGUACGUACGUUGUCGUACACGCGCCACACACACGGUAAAAAAUUACAUUUUAUGAAAAUCCCUCUUUGCAUCGUCGUCGAGUAUCGCUGCCGCUAACGUCGGAAAAAUACGAGGAAAUUUGUCGUGAAAUUGCCCGGAAAACGCCCGCAAUCAUGACGCAACAAGGCACGUCAUACAAUGUCGCGCGGAAUGUGCUGAUCAAGGACUCGUCAGGACAAGCGAAAAUAAUUAAAUUGGUACCAGCGCAAGCAGCACACAUCAUUGGCACCCCAAUUGUCAAUUCAAACACAAAAACCGCCUUCAUCAAGACCGGCGCUGACCAGCCAAUUGCCAUACAUCAUGCACCCACAAGUACAACGACGGCGCCACAGGGCACCUCAAACAUACAAUUUCACAAGAUUGGAGGAAAAAAUUAUAUUCUCUCACCACAAGCUUCAAAUUCGAGACACGAGUCACAGACAAAAACUGUUCGUUUGACACAGUCACAAAUGGGUACCUUAACUUAUCUCAACACGUCAAACUCAGGAAAUGGAGAUUUUUCGGAGCCAACAAAGGGAACAAAGCGACCGGCCAAUCAUGCACCUGCUACCCCAUCACCUGCGCCUCGUAAGCGAAAAUCUGACAAAGUUGGAAAAGGUUUACGUCACUUUUCGAUGAAAGUUUGUGAAAAAGUUAAACAGAAAGGAACUACCACGUACAAUGAAGUCGCCGAUGAGUUGGUUAAUGAAGAAACGCAUGGCAGCACCAACGAAAGCGCCGUUUACGACCAAAAGAAUAUUCGACGUCGCGUUUACGAUGCCCUCAACGUACUCAUGGCCAUGAAUAUCAUUUCGAAGGAAAAGAAAGAAAUUCGCUGGAUCGGAUUACCCACCAACUCAGUACAAGAAUGUCAGGAACUCGAGAAGGAGAAUAAGGAGCGUCGACGACGCAUCGAGGCGAAACAGCAGCAAUUGAAGCAGCUUAUUUUGCAACAAGUGGCAUUCACGAGCUUAGUAAAUCGCAAUAAGGAGGCGGAAGACAACGGCAUGCAACCGACUGCCAGUUCUGCGAUUCAAUUGCCAUUCAUCAUUGUCAACACACACAAAAAGACACACAUUAAUUGCAGCAUAUCGAAUGACAAAACGGAGUAUUCAUUCAAAUUCGACGACAAGUUUGAAAUCAAUGAUGACGUCGAUGUUCUCAAGAAAAUGGGGCUGUUAAAUGGUUUGGACAAAGGCGAGUGCUCAUUUGAGGAAAUUCAACGUUUUAAAGGCAUGGUACCAAAAUCUUUGCAGAAAUAUAUCGACCUUUACGGUCGUGGCGAAGAUGAAACCGUCUCAGCAGGUCACGAUUCCGAAUUCGAAUCAGAUGGAGAAGGCGAAUACUCGCAAUCGGCUCACAGUGAUUUCUCACACAGCACCUCGUCACACAUGUACAAACAAGAACAACUCGAGUAUGGCGAUGAGGCCUCCGACGACGAAUAUUAUAACCUAUAAUAAGCGUAAAAUGGAGCCCGGAAGAGAAUGGAAAAUGAAAAGGAACAAAAAAAGUGCAUCCCAAAAAUACAAAAAACAACCGACAAGAAAUUCGCUUGCGGUGAAAAAGAAAGAAAAUAUGAAAAAAUAUAUUUUAUACAGUGAAAAAUUGAAAUCAGAAAGACAACAAAAAAAAGUGCAGUAGAAAAAAACUAGAAGUUAACCAUUUUUUAUCAUCAAAUGCUUAAUACCAAUAAACUUUCAAGUCUUUAGAACUUCUUAAUUAGAAAAACACACAAUUUAAACCGAUUUUUUUCAAUACACGGCCAUUAACUUCUUCAGUAAUCAUAAUUAAUUUAAUGCACUUGAUUUAUUUUUUCUUAUUUUCGAAAUUAAAAUUUGUAAUAAAUUUAUUACAAACACACACAAAAAAAUCAGAGGAGAAUUUUUA